UAUAUUAAAACAAUUUCUUGUUCUGCCGACAGCCCUCAAUCCCAAUUGAGAUUGGCUAUAACUCAAACUUGAACAACUAUUUCUCGAUCGACAAUUCGAUAGACCAAAGUGAUGCGAACUACAUGCCUCUUGAUGAGGCAGAACUGCCCUCCUGCGUAGAAGAUAGACAGAACUUCACUAUUGACCCCCAACUUUCUUCCAAUCCCUAUAACACUUUUGCUAUGAGCGCCGCAAGCUCAAUCCCCUCUGCUGUCACAGAGUCGUCUGUCCAAGAUGGUGCCGAACCUCAAGUUACGCGGCUGAGGUGCACAUUUCCAGACUGUUCGCAAGAUCACGAUUUUCCCACCGAGUCCGCCUUACGCAAACACCAAGAAAAGCACAGCAAACCCUACAUCUGUCAAGUCCCAAAUUGCAAACACCCUCGCUUCGGGGAUAAAGGAGGUCUAGACCGACACAAGCGCGAAGUGCAUGGCUCAAAAACCUAUUGUUGCCCCAAUGCCUCCUGCAAGCGUCACACCAAGGGCUUUCCGAGGAAGUACAAUCUCUUUGAGCAUCAGAAACGAUGCCAUCCUGCUGCAUCGGCGUCGAUGCAGAGGUCUCUCAAUCGUACCCAUUUUGAUGUGGUAGUGCCUGAGGAAUUGGGAAGGGGAGAUGAGGAGCCUUCAUCGCCAGAAAUGACGAUCACGGGAGAUGUGGCUAGAUUUGGGAGUGGUAAACUUCAAGAAAGACUGGAAAGGCUCUGUGCGCUGCGAGUGGAAUUCGAGAGCAACAUCAUGGAACUUGACGGCGAUAUAGAAGCCUUGAAGAGGACUUUGGAUAUUUUUGGGGAGUUUUUACCCUGAACUGUCAAGGUAUAAAAUAAGUCCUUGCGCAACAGUUAAAUGGCCUUUUGGUGUAUGGUGUUCCAUGAUUUGAGUGACCUUCACUUGUGUUUGGUCUUGAUUCGGCCUACGCCCGUGAAGUCCGUUGGCGAGAGGAGAAUGAGGGAUUUUGGAGGGUCUGGCACCAUUUUCUCAAGGGAUGCUGCAAAUGAUGGCGUAUAGAUAAGGGAGUAAGAAUACGUUCAAUUAUUUUGACCAAG